CUUUUCUUCAGUAUUUGCUCCAGCACACACUAGGCUUCCCACAAAAGUGACUGAGUGAAAACUCCUAGCAGUGGAGGGGCCCCACCCCAACAGAAACACACUUUCAGAAAAUGCUGCUGCAGGCCUUGGGUUACUGGGCAGUGGUGCCUUUCAGAACCCCCUUGGUGCUCUCACAUCCUGCCUUGCUGGCCUGGUCCAAAGGGUUCAUUUAACCACAGUCAAAUUAAAAUCUUGGUUGCUCGGAAAUGCAGGAACUGUCCUCUCAACCGCAGGAGUUGAAAGGAGACGGCUGUUCAGUUUUAAAGCACUGUUUAGUUUUAGAGCAAGCACUCUAAGGCCCCAAAGAUCCCGCCUCCUUCCACGGGGCGAGCCUAUCAACGCUCCUCUGGCGAUGAGCGGCAGCUCCCUAGGAGCCAAUGAACUCCGCUCGCUGGAAGAAACCCGCCCAUCCCUUGUGUCGUCAGUUGGUCUCUGGUAGAUAGAACCAGCACCUGCGCUUCCUCGUUGCAAGCUUGUUGGAGGGUGUUUGCGUUAAAGUUGACUGAGUCCGGACCUUAAAGGGGAGGGAGCAGAGGGGGCCGGGGCCCGUUAAAACGAGGCGCGUAGUGCCUGUCCCUUUAAGGCGUCCGGACGACUGAAUCUGAGCUCCAGAUUACCCCGAGUUUCCGUCGCAGGCUGCGAGGAGAGGCUCCUUGGUUGGGUCCGGGUGCGCGGCGGCGGCGGCUUCAUCCCCGCUCGUCCUCCCCGGGCCCGGAGACACCCCCGCCCCAGUCAUGCUGAGCAGAGUAUGGAAGCAGCUGACUACGAAGUGCUAUCCGUGCGAGAGCAGCUCUUCCACGAGAGGGUUCGCGAGUGCAUUAUCUCAACACUUCUGUUUGCGACACUCUACAUCCUCUGCCACAUCGCUCUGACCCACUUCAAGAAGCCUGCUGAGUUCACCACAGUGGACGAUGAAGAUGCCACAGUCAACAAGAUUGCGCUCGAGCUCUGCACCUUUACCCUGGCGGUCGCCCUGGGUGCUGUCCUGCUGCUGCCCUUCUCCAUUAUCAGCAAUGAGGUGCUCCUCUCACUGCCUCGGAACUACUAUAUCCAGUGGCUCAACGGCUCCCUCAUCCAUGGCCUCUGGAACUUCGUUUUUCUCUUCUCCAACCUGUCCCUCAUCUUCCUCAUGCCCUUUGCAUACUUCUUCACUGAGUCUGAGGGCUUCGCUGGCUCCAGAAAGGGUGUCCUGGGCCGGGUCUACGAGACGGUGGUGAUGUUGAUACUCCUCACCCUACUGGUGCUGGGCAUGGUAUGGGUGGCAUCAGCCAUUGUGGACAACAACAAGGCUAGCAGGGAGUCACUCUAUGACUUCUGGGAGUACUACCUCCCCUACCUCUACUCCUGUAUCUCCUUUCUUGGGGUCCUGCUGCUCCUGGUGUGUACUCCACUAGGACUCGCCCGCAUGUUCUCAGUCACUGGGAAGCUACUGGUCAAGCCUCGGCUCCUAGAAGACCUGGAGGAGCAGCUGCACUGCUCAGCCUUUGAGGAGGCAGCUUUAACCCGCAGGAUUUGUAAUCCCACCUCCUGCUGGCUGCAUUUGGAUAUGGAGCUGCUGCACAGACAGGUCCUAGCUCUGCAGACACAGAGGGUCCUGCUGGAGAAGCGACGGAAGGCCUCAGCCUGGCAGCGGAACCUGGGCUACCCCCUGGCCAUGCUGUGCUUGCUGGUGCUGACGGGCCUCUCUGUGCUCAUUGUGGCCAUCCACAUCCUGGAGCUGCUCAUCGAUGAGGCUGCCAUGCCCCGGGGCAUGCAGGAUGCCUCCCUGGGCCAGGUCUCCUUCUCCAAGCUGGGCUCCUUUGGUGCCGUCAUUCAGGUUGUACUCAUCUUUUACCUGAUGGUAUCCUCAGUUGUGGGAUUCUACAGCUCUCCAUUCUUCCGGAGCCUGCGGCCCAGAUGGCACGACACAGCCAUGACACAGAUAAUUGGGAACUGUGUCUGUCUCCUGGUCCUAAGCUCCGCACUUCCUGUCUUUUCUCGAACCCUGGGGCUCACUCACUUUGACCUGCUGGGUGACUUUGGACGCUUCAACUGGCUGGGCAAUUUCUACAUCGUGUUCCUAUACAACGCAGCCUUCGCGGGCCUCACCACUCUCUGUCUGGUGAAGACCUUUACCGCGGCUGUGCGGGCAGAGCUGAUCCGGGCCUUUGGGCUGGACAGAUUGCCAUUGCCUGUCUCCGGUUUUCCCCGGGCAUCUCGGAAGACCCAGCACCAAUGACUUCCAGCUGGGGGUGGGAGGGAGAAAACUGGACACUGCCAUCUGCUGCCCAGGCCUGGAGGGGCGCCCAGGGGUGGGUGGACCUCAGGACCUGGAAUCUGAGAGGGUGGUAGAGGGGAGCUGAGCUGUCUGCACUGUUGCAUAAUCUGAGCCAGAGUUUGGGACCAAGCCCCCCUGCUUUUCCAAAUUUAACUGUGGGCCUCAGCAUGGGAUGGGGCUGGGUGACUGGGUCUGGUCCCUGGUCCCAAAUCUGUUUACACAUCAAUCUGCCUCACUGCUGUUCAGGGCCAUGCCCGUAGCCAUGUUUACAUGAUUUGAUGUGCAAUAGGGUGGGGUGGGGACAGGGGAGAAACUGAGCUGGGGGUAGACUUGGGAGGCAGAUUGUCUCCCUUGCCUCUGGCCCAGCAGAGCCUAAGCACUGUACUAUCCUGGAGGGGCUUUGGACCAUCAGAGAGACAAGGGCGUAGGGAAGAAGAGACCACAACCAUCAGCAAUAAAGUUGAUCCCAGGGUU